UCAUCUUACGUCUCUCAUUUGUAAUCAGCUGCUGUUACACUGGAGCCCUGUGGAUGUUGUGAGCUGUUGGGCAUGGAAGGCAUUCUGCAGUCCUGUGAGUCAGGGCUCAAGUUUUUGUGGGACUGAGGCCCUGGAGUGUGCCUUUGCUUGCUAUGGGAUGGACGAAGAAGAAGAGAACCACUAUGUUUCACAGCUCAGGGAAGUCUACAGCAGCUGUGACACCACAGGGACAGGCUUUCUGGACCGGGAGGAACUGACCCAGCUCUGCCUAAAGCUGCAUCUGGAAAAGCAGCUGCCCAUCCUUCUGCAAACACUUCUUGGAAAUGACCACUUUGCCAGGGUUAACUUUGAGGAAUUUAAGGAAGGUUUUGUGGCAGUAUUGUCAUCAAGUGCUGGUGUUGGCUCCUCUGAUGAAGACAGUAGUUCUUUGGAAUCAACGGCCUCUCGUGCUGUCCCGCCAAAGUACGUGAGCGGCUCUAAGUGGUACGGUCGCUGGAGCCGGCCCGAGCCUGAGCCAGGUGGCCCUGCAGUAGGAGCCAAAUUUUUACCAGAACAGCAGGCCUGGACCCCUGGGAGAGGCCAGCUCCGCCGCUCAGCAUCUUUGGAAAGUGUGGAGAGUCUCAAGUCAGACGAAGAAGCUGAAAGUGCUAAAGAACCUCAGAAUGAGUUGUUUGAAGCACGAGGUCAGCUGCCAGCUUGGGGUUCUGAGGUCUUUGGGUGUCUCCAGAAGCCCUGCAGCCCCUCCUUGGACACCCUUGAGAGCCAGGUCCGGGUCAUCUGGGAAGAGCUGGGUGUUGGCAGUAGCGGCCACCUCAAUGAACAAGAGCUGGCCAUCGUCUGUGAAAGCAUCGGGCUCCAGGGACUGGAGAAGGAGGAACUGGAGGAUCUAUUUAACAAACUGGAUCAAGACGGAGACGGCAGAGUGAGUCUUGAGGAAUUCCAGCUUGGCCUGUUCAAUCAUGGGCCCACUUCACUUCCAGAAUCUUCCACUCCUGUCAAACCGAGCAUGUCCUGGUCUCAUUACCAGGUCCUGGAGGAGGGUGGCUGCCCGACUGCCACAACAUCGUCCCUUGUGUCUGUGUGCUCAGGCCUGCGUCUCUUGUGCAGCAUUGAUGACGGCACUGGCUUUGCGGGUCCCGAGCAGCUCAUCGCCCUGUGGGCCCAGGAGGGAAUUCCGAAUGGCAGGGAGAUCUUGCAGAGUCUCGACUUCAGUGUGGACGAGAAGGUGAACCUUUUGGAGCUGACCUGGGCCCUUGAGAACGAGCUUAUGAUGGUUGGUGGUGCCACUCAGCAGGCAGCCUUGGCCUGCUACCGCCAGGAGCUAACCUUCCGCCAGGGGCAAGUGGAGCAGAUGGCAAAGGAGCGAGACAAGGCGAGGCAGGACCUGGAGAAAGCGGAGAAGAGGAACCUGGAGUUUGUGCAAGAGAUGGAUGACUGUCACUCUGCCCUAGAGCAGCUCACAGAGAAGAAGAUCCAACAUCUGGAGCAGGGGUACCGGGAAAGGCUGAGCCUCCUGCGAUCUGAGGUGGAGAGGGAACGUGAGCUGUUCUGGGAGCAGACCUGCAAGCAGAGGGCCGUGCUGGAGAAGGACCUGGAGCACCUGCGGGCCGAGGAGGCCAGCCUCCGGGAGAAGCUGACCCUGGCCCUGAAGGAAAACAGUCGAUUACAGAAGGAGAUUAUUGAAGUUGUGGAAAAGCUUUCGGAAUCAGAGAAGCUGGUCUUGAAACUUCAGAAUGACCUGGAGUUUGUGUUGAAGGACAAGCUGGAACCACAGAGCACAGAGCUCCUGGCCCAGGAGGAGCGGUUCGCGGAGGUCCUAAAGGAGUAUGAGUGCAAGUGCCGGGACCUGCAGGACCGCAAUGACGAGCUGCAGGCUGCACUGGAAGGCCUGCAGACACGGUUGCCCCCAAGCUGGCAUAGCCAGCCCCAUGCGCAGCCAGAGGAACGGCUCCUCUCUGGACACGGACCAGCAGGCAUCAUUUCAUUUGUUGGUGACUCCAUUCCAGUGAGUUUAGAAACGGAGAUAAUGGUGGAGCAGGUGAAGGAACACUGCCAAGACCUCAAGAUCCAGCUGGAGACCAAGGUCAAUUCCUACGAAAGAGAAAUGGAAGCGAUGAGAAGGGACUUCAUGAAGGAGAGGGAGGAGAUGCAGCAGGCCUUCAGGCUUGAGAUCCACAUGCUGGAGUGCCGUAGGGCUGACCUGGAGGUGCUGCUUAGGAAGUCUCAGGAGCUCAUCCGAGGCCUGCAGGACCAGCUCCAGCAGGUGACCCGUGGCCCUCUCCCGGAGAGGGCGGACUUGGGGCAGUGCUGCAUGCAGGCGCUGUCUGGCCCGGCUGGGCCGCUGGCCCAAGAGCAGGACCCGCUGGAGCAGGAGCAGCACCAGAGGCAUCGGACUGAGCUGCCACGAGUCAGGAAAGAGGCUGAAGUUGUGUGGAACUACGAGCUCUCAAGGAUGCAAGCCCAGCAGGCUGCCCACUGUAAGCUCUUAGUGCUGCAGCCUCGGCAGGAGAAGGAAGAGGUGCUACUGAGCCCCCUGCUGCAAAUCCACGAGGUGGCUGGGCAGGAGCAGCUCAAGUCCCUGCAGGAGGAAGAGGCCAACACGACCCUGGAGAGAGAGAAGGAUGACAUGAAAACCAAACUUCUGCAGCUGGAAGAUGUCGUCCGGGCUCUUGAGAAAGAAGCAGAUUCAAGAAAGAACAACAGAAUCGAGUUGGAUGGGCUUUCUGAAGAAAAUGCAUUGUUGAAAAAUGAGCUGGGAAGGAUUCAGCAAGAGCUCGAAGCUGCAGAAAGGACAAAUGAUGCUCAGAGGAAGGAAAUCGAGGUUUUAAAGAGAGACCAGGAAAAGAGCUGCUCUGAAGUGGAAGAACUCAACAAACAGAGUCAGAAAUGUAGGGAUGAAGUGUCGCAGCUCAAUGAGAAGUUCCUUCAGCCGGGAGAGGUGGCCUCUCCCCACCAGGCCCAGAAUGAGAACGGCAUCACCAUUCAGUUAUUAACACAGAGACUGGAGGAGGUGGGGCAGUGGGAGGAGCUGCAGGGUGAGCACAUCCAAAAACUUGAACUUGAACUCAAACACAUGAAUCAGGAAUGUCAGAGCCUGAGACUGUCACAGUCACAGCUGAGAGAGACUCUUGAAGAAAGUCAAGACCAGCUACACAGAGCCAACCUGGGGUUGAGGUUGGCCCGGUCCCAACACUCCGAGGAGGUUCAUCAGCUGCAGGAGCAGAUGCAGGGGCUGGUGCCUCGGGACCAUGUGGCUGAGCUGCAGCAGCUGCUAGAAGAGGAACGGCAGAUGGCUGGGCGGUUCCGCGAGGAGUGCCUUCUCCAGCAGGAAAAGGGGAGGCAGCUGGAGACACAAUGGGAAGAACAUGAAAAAGAGCUUAAAGACACGGAAGAGCAGGUAGAAGAGAUGGGAAUGGUUCUGAAGAAUGUGGAAAUGCUCCUACAAGAAAAAGUGGCUGAGCUGAAAGAGCAGUUCGAAAAGAACACAAAGUCUGAUUUGCUGCUCAAGGAGCUCUAUGUGGAAAAUGCUCACCUGAUGAAGGCACUUCAGGUCACCGAAGAGAAGCUACAAGGUGCUCAGAAGAAAAACCACAUCUUGGAAGAAAAAGUUAGAGCUCUCAACAGACUCAUCAGUAAGAUCGCUUCAGCUUCUCUCUCUGUGUGAAGGCUGUUUGUUUUCCUGGAAUUCAUUUUGAAAGAACAUCUUUUAAAAUUAAGCCACCAUAGUGCCAUAACUUUCUAUGGUUCAUUGGCUGUGCACCGGGCAUAGCAGGUUUCUAAUUCUUUCAUUGUUCAUCUCACACACAUUUAAAAAUGUCUGUUGUGCCAGAUGCUCAGAAAAUAGACAUGCUGGAAAAAACUACGUUUUUAUUAGUGGUCCUGGGUAAUUUCUGUAGGUAAAAUUCCCAGUUUUGCUACCAGUGGGUGAAACAGAUCAUGCUAGCUUUCAGCGAAGAAAGACUAAAAGAAAAUGGUAAAAUCAAUUUCAGCGUUGUACUUUUGACCUUGGCUGCAGAGAGUAAAAUGAAAAAUAAGUGCUCUGGACACUUUCACCCUUUCACUGUUACUGCUUUGGGCUUAGAUCAUUAGCAUUCUUGAUUUGGGUCUAUACAGACAUUCUAGAAGGACUACUCAAUGUGACUGUCCACCCUUCACCACCACAGGAAGAUGUUUGGGGAGUGCCUAUUUUAUGUCUGUGGACUCAGGGAUGAUAGUAUUUACUGUGAAUGCAAUCUUGUCCUCAAUGAAAUGUCAUCACACUGGAAAUUGUAUUAUAUAUGUAAAGAAGAAAAACUAUAGUUUUAUAUCCAAAAUAUAUGUAAGUUAUGGUCAUUUGGUUUAUGAGAACAAACUAUGAAAAGUACUAUGAAGAGUCACUGUAUUUACAAAAACUCUUUUCUAUUAAAAUUGUUU